CUUUCACCCAUAUCAUCAUGCUUUGCCAUUACUCCUAGUGAAAUCUGCGCUUGUUAUGCCGCCUUCACGGGCAUAUGUGCCUCGAGCCAUCCGAGGCGCUUUCACGGCGUCCCACGGCAAGCCGCCAUUAGCAAUCUCUAAUUCACCUCUAUCUUCACUCUCCUUUUCACUCUUACGAUGCUCUUCGUCAGGGGCAGCUUCAAAUCUCGCCGAGUCCGAAAAUAAAUCGAUGAAAGUUGCCACUAAGGAUUUGAAGGAAGGCGAAGCGCCAAAGAAUAAACCGCUGGCAGAGCUCGACAAAGAGCUAGAAUUGAAAAUGAAAGGCUUGGCUGGCGAUGGUGGUGAAGCAGGAGUUGAACUUGAAGAUGGGCAACCAGUUGCGCUGAAGAGGGGUGUGCGCAACAACAUGUUCCGGUACAUCUGAAUGUUACCCUUUUCAGUGUCUGCCCUGUCGCAUCGGUGUCCCUGCAGCAGUGGUAGAGUAUUACACAUCAGAAUGCUGGACUAGAUAAAAAUCUGCCGCAUGACAACCUAACCAGCGUGCUCACAGAGCACAACGUCUUCAUGCCCGGAGACGAUAAGUUCACCAGAAGGAAGAGACCUAGGUCGAUGCUAAUCCAUCAGCAUGCUCGCGAAGUACAAUGCCAACAUUUCCCACGACGAUGAGUUCGCUCGAGGGAAGGAGAUCCGGUUCUAUGUCAACCUAACCAGCGUGUUUACUGAGUACAAU